AUGAUGCUUGGGGGCCAAGUUAUUUUAUUUGUGGGCCUGUUGGUCUCUGUCCUUUACACUUUCAUACAGAUGUUGAGGCUAUGGAUUUUAAUUUUUCUGUACUGGGCAUGGAGCCCUCAGUGUCUUCCGUCCACUGUUAGCUACAUUGGUACACCACAGGAGUGUGAAAAGGCUCCCUUUGUCCCUGGUUACAAUCUGGGUGGAGAAGGCUUUGACAUCGUCACAAUGGAGAGGAAAGGCGCUUAUGUCAUCAACACUGAAUCAUGGAAACUUAGAAACGGCACUUGUAGGUUGUACACAAACACCUACAUGAAUCAAGCGAAACAGAAGGUCCCGGUCACUGUGGUGGAUUGGAGAGUCCUCCCCAAAUGCAGUUUAACAGUCUCCAGCACAGCCUAUGAUUCUGUUGAGACCCUUGUCAAUGAUUCCACAUCGUCUGUGUCCAAUGACUGGAAAGUUGGCCUUGACAUCCCUGUAGAUCCUUCUGCCACUGUUGGGGUUAGUUUGGGAGGGUCCCACUCCAGAGAAUCAACGUUUGCCAUGCAGAAAUCCAAACAAGACCGCUACUCCUUCUUUCGUCAUUCAGUCCACUGUAGCUACUAUGGCUACAGACUGGCAACAAAUCCUCCAUUGAGCCAUGAGUUUGAAUCAGCUGUGAAGUCCCUUCCCUCCUAUUCCCCUACAACUGUGCAAUUGUAUCACGAUUUGAUUGACACAUACGGUACACAUUAUAUCACACAAGUGUCUCUAGGAGGAGAAAUCAAGGCCAUCACUUCUGUGAAAACCUGUGCAGCCACCCUCAAAGGACUGUCGGAAACAGAGGUCAAGGAUUGUCUUGAAGUUGAGGCCUCCGCUAGCUUUGCCAGCACUGCCAGCGUUAAGGCCAUGACCAAACACUGUCAGCAAGAUAAGAAAAAGUUAGGCCAUGACCAAAGUUUCAGCAACACAUUUAAUGAGCGGAGCACAGAGGUGAUUGGUGGACACAUUGAUGGGACCGAUGUCCUCUUUCAGGGACAAUCAGACCCCUCAGUCUAUAACAACUGGAUUAAUUCUCUGAAAUCCAUUCCUGAUGUUGUUCGAUAUAACUUAAAGCCUCUCCACACCAUACUACCAAGUAGUCAUCCUGCCAGGUCUGGACUGAAGCAAGAGGUGGAGAAGUACAUCAAGAAGAAUGCAGUGUUGAAAAAAUGUUCAGAAAGUUGUAAGAUUGGUCACAGGUCUGACAAAAGAGAUCCUUGUGCUUGUGUCUGUACUGGUAGCCAGACUGUGAAGUCAAACUGCUGUCCUGCUAAGAAAGGUCUGGCUACAUUAACGGUAUUCAAUCUUUAUGCAGAGGAUUUGCAUGGUGACAUUUUUGGUCAGACAGAUGGUUCAGUGGAGGUUAAAUAUGGUGACCAGACAAAGCGUACUGCUAUUAUCUCGAAUAAUGAUAAUCCUACAUGGCAUGAGAAGUUUCAGUUUGGACCAGUUACUAUUAACAUGAAAAACAAACUCAGUUUUCAUGUUUAUGAUGAGGACAUUUUUUGGAUCAGAAAGCUGCUUGGUAAGUGUUCAUUUGAUCUGUAUAGUGGGAACAAUACGGAUAGCUGCAUGUUAAAUCAUGGUACCUUCUUCUUCUCCUACAUAGUGGAGUGUGCACCAAGUCUUAGUGGUGACCAGUGUCAGGAUUAUGAUCCCUCUCCCAUGAAUGCACUCUUGGCCAAGGUCUUCUACACCAGAAAUGGGGUCCUUGCUGGAGGUACUGGCACUUCAUCUGCCAAAUCAGUCAGUGAGUCAGGUUGAGACAGCUGUUGAUGUCAGAUGAGGUGAAUAAGGAUUUGAUUUAACAGUAAAUAUUUACUUGUAGUUCAUAGCAUUCUUUCUCUGACCUUUUUCUGCAAAUAUAAUUAGGUUCCCCAAAAUGUUCAUUUGGUGGAACCUAGAAUUCUAAUCCACUGUUUUAUGCUUCCUUCUUCCUUCUUACAAAAUAUGGCAAUAAAGCAUCAGCAAAGACAAUACAUGUGUUUGUCUCAUUUGUGUGUGCGUGUGUACGUUUGUGGUCUAUGUGUAACAUGUAUAUAAAUAUUCAUAAGUAGAAAAGCUGAUGAUCCAACCUUUGAAGCCACUGCA